UAAACUGGGGAGACGAAAAGUAAGAUUUACCUUUUUGUUUGAUUAACAAUUUUCUUUCUGUUUGGUUUUGUAUACAAUUUCGUUUUAAAAUUCUCGUUGUUAAUUGUUGUCGUUUUUGUUAUAGUUAAUUAAACAAUCAUGUCAACCCAAAAAACUCUUAAAGAAGCUCUUUAUGAAAAUCUGAUUGCUUUGUUAUCCAAUGACACCUCGACCAGAAGAAAUGCCGAAGAACAAUUGAAAGUCUUUGAAGUUACCAAUGAUUAUGGUGUUCACCUUACAGAGAUGUCACUUGAUGGAUCAAUCAAUGGUCCUAUCCGACGAUUGGCAUCCGUUAUUUUGAAACAUUUUAUUGAUAUUCACUGGAGCCCAAAGAAUGAAAAAUUUCAGGAACCAGAAAUUAGUAGAGAAGCUAAAAUGCGUAUUCGAGCUUUCCUUUUAAAUGCCCUUGGACAACCAAGCUUGUUUCUAACUGAUGAAGGAUCUUCAGAAAAAAAGAUCAGAGGAUCACUUGCUUUUGUAAUAUCGGGUAUUGCUCAUCACGACUGGCCCGAAGAAUGGCCUGAAUUGUUUCAAGUCUUGAUUAGUUAUCUUAAUUCGAGAAAUAAUUUAGCUAUAUAUGGAACGAUGAAAGUAUUCACUGAAAUGUGCCAUGAAAUUAGUGAUUCUCAAAUACCAACCUUAGCGCCAAUAUUGUUGCCAAAAAUGUAUGAAAUUUUCACAAAUACUCGUGAUUUCUCCAAUGGCACCAGAGGAAGAGCUAUUCAAGUUUACUCCGAAUUGGCAGAAACAAUAACCGUAAUGGGAGAGUAUGACAAAAUUGCCAUAAGACAAUAUCUUGAUCCUGUUCUACCUCAAUUCACUGAUGCUAUGAUAAAAGUUCUUGAAGCUCCAGACAGUGCUCCCGAAGUUGAUGUUCAUUUAAAGAAAAAAGCACUCACCACACUUACCUUGUUGAUAAAAAAUUGUCGUAAAAGAAUGUGGAAAUAUAUGCCUGCCAUUUUAACACCCGUUUGGUACAAUUUAACUGCUUCGGCCUCUCUUUACGUAAAAACUGUUGUUAAUAGUGAAUCAGAGGAUGCCCAAUGCUCGGAUUUUCAGUCAACACUUGACUCAGAUGGUGAAGGUCAAUCUGUUGAGGAAUUUAUUUUUGCCAUUUUCGAUUUUGUUUCAGUUGUUAUUGAAACAGCUAAAUCUAGAAAACUCAUCAAACAGGGUCUUUCAGAUCUUCUUUAUUAUAUUCUUAUCUACAUGCAAAUCACAGAUGAACAAAUGCAAAUAUGGACAUCAAGUCCAGAUCGAUUUGUCGAAGAUGAAGAUGAUGACAGUUAUAGUUAUUCCGUUCGGAUUUCUGCUUUGGAUGUUUUGAUGUCAUUAACACGAGAAUACGAAGAAAAUGAAAGUAAAGAAGAAAAUUUGGCCUUCCAAUCAUCUUUAUUAAAUGCAAUCAAAAAACACUUCCUAGAAUCAAACCAAGCCAAAAUGAAUCCAAGUAACUAUUGGUGGUGGAAAAUUCAAGAAUCUUGUCUCCUUGCAUUUGGAUCAAUUUCAACUUCCUUAAUGGAUACUAUUAAAGCAAAUGGACCUUUAGCUGAUGAGAUUCGAUCAAUUCUUGAUGCCUGUUCAAAUAUUGUCGAUGAUGUUUCACCCUUCUUUUCGGGUAGAUCUCUAUGGACUGCAGCGAUUUAUGCUCCAAUUAUGAAUGCACCAGUUAUCGAUAGAUUUUUGCAAACAACUUUAUCCGGUCUUCUCAACAUGUCACCAAUUAUCAAGAUCUCUUCGAUUCGAGCAACUUACAGCCUUUGCAUUUAUUUAAAUGAAUCAAAUCAUGUCAACUUUAUCAAACCAUAUUUGCCUCAAAUACUUGACGCAGUAGUUGCAAUAGGAACACAACAUUCAACCGAAGUGCUUGCUCUAGUUCUUCAAACUAUCAAAAUAUUAGUUUCUGUGGAUAAAUCUUUCGCUUCUAGUGUUGAGAAUAAAGUGUCAGCCUUGGCUAUUGCCACUUUCUUACGACAUUCAGCUGAUCCUGUUCUUAUAUCUUCAACGCAAGAUAUUUUUAAAGAAUUGUCCAAAAAUCCAGAAUGUAUUGGACCACUUCAACAGAGACUCAUUCCAACUCUUGUCUCUAUUCUUAAUCCAACACAAUCAAGUCAAUCUGUUCAAACCUUACAACCUGUUGCUAUGGAUAUUUUGACUACGAUAAUAAGAAACAGUUUAAUUCCUUUAUCUGAACCUUUAAUUAAUCAAUGUUUUCCUGCAGCAUCAACUUGCAUCCUUUCAACUGUUGAUGAUAAUUCUACUAUGCAAAAUGGAGGUGAAUGUAUCAGAGCUUAUGUUUCAAGAUCUGUUGAUCAAAUUGCCUCAUAUCGAGAGCCUGAAUCAGGAAAAGAUGGAAUGUCCAUUGUUAUGCAAGUUUGCCUUCAUCUUCUCGACCCAAGAGUAAAUGAAUCAUGUGCUGCUUUUGUUGGUAAAUUGAUUUUCAUUACAAUUAUCAAAGGAUCACAAUUCUUGGGAAAUGAUAAUGUUCAUCUCUUGUUACGUUCAGUUCUCAGUAAAUUGCAAACUAGUGAAACUCUAUCCGUUACCCAGAGUUUAAUCAUGGUGUUUGCACAUUUGAUUAAUCAUGAUUUGCCAACAGUCUUGGACUUUUUAUCAAGCCUACCCGGACCCUCUGGUUCUCAAUCAGCUUUGGAGUUCGUUCUUAACCAAUGGUUAGGUCGACAGCACAUGUUUUAUGGAGCCUACGAAAGUAAAGUUAGCAUAAUUGCGCUUUGUAAACUUUUAGAAAACUCUUUAAUCAACUCUGAUCAAGAUCAAAGAUUAAACUUGAAUCUGAUUCGAGUACCUGGUGAACCAGUUGGCGGCGAUGUUUCCCCUGGUGUUAAAACGCGCUCUAAAACUCAAGGGAAAAACGAAAAGUGGACACUCAUUCCUUGUUCAGUGAAAAUAUUGAAACUUUUACUAAACGAGAUUUAUUGUAUUGAAUCUAUCGACGAUCUUAGUGAAAAUGAUUACGACGAAGAUGAAGAGGAAGAAGAGGAUCAUUCAAUUGAUGAAAAUCGUGCUGCUAAUAAUAUGUGUGGCCAUGGAGGUGAUUCAGUACAUUUACCGUCAACUCAAUUCCAUGAAAUUAUUGACGCUAUUGAAUCCGAUUUUGAAGAUGAUGAAGAGGAAGAAGAAGAUGAAGACAUAUUGAAUGAUCCAAUCUCAAAGAUUAACCUGGGACAGCAUCUAACCAGCUUUGUCAGAUCGUUUACAUCAACACCAUUUGCUAAUCAGUUUGUAUCUCACCUAACAGAAAAUGAGCAAAGUAUAUUACAAAAAAUAAGUCGACAUUGAUUAACCUCCUCAUGUCCAUUUAUCCACUAAAACAUUAUCUUAUCUCAUUGCCAUCGUUUUCCACAUUUGUAACAAUUCUCAUCAUAAUCACCACUCCUUGUUCAUCAAUUUUCUUGUUGGAUCUUCUUUUUUUAUCUCAGCUUAUUUGAUGUUAUCAUGCUGAGCUAUCUCUCUCUCUCUCUCUCUCUCUCUCUCUCUCUCUCUCUCUCUCUCCUUUCUAUUUUUCUCUCUCUCUCUCUUGAUUCAAGGAAACGAAGAUAAAAAUGAUUUAAUUGUUUUUGUUCAAUCAACUAAAAGCAUCGUUUUCCCAUUUACCCAACAAAACCUUACAAAGCCAUCUAAUUGAAACAAAAAAAAAUAUUCUGUCCUCAGUUUAUUACUUACCUGUUCACACAGUAACUAAAUACACGUAAUCUAUUAAUACUAAUUAAAUUUUGUAACAAUAAAAUGAAAUCCUGGUUACAUUAA